AUGUCACCUUCCGGUAGAGUUGGAGCAUCAAGAUUAUUGGCUAUAGGGAAGUUAAAUUUUGACCCACAGUUCACCGGUAAAAAGAGAGUAAAUCAGCUACAUGAACUUGAAGAUUUUAAGCUACACACUUAUGGGAAUGCCAAAAUUUAUAAAGAAAAGACUAAAAGGUGGCAUGACAAGCACAUAGUGGCUAGUACCUUCAAUUCGGGAGAUAAAAGUGCCAUUGAACUGCAAGGUGAAACUGGCCCCUCGUUCUUAUUCAAUGGGCAAAGAGUGAAUCACUACUUUGGUGAUGAUUCAGAUCUUGACCGAGAGGCUAUUGAGCUAAAUGAUGAAUAA